UCCACGUGGCCAGACCGUUCGAGCGAGACGCGAACUAACGACCAGAACUACCAGUGUUCAGGGUACGAAGACCGCUUGCAUUACGUAAUGCUUUUGUAAACAUUUCUAUAUAUUUAUGUUACUUAAUUCAUGAACACUUCAUUAUGGUUACGUCACCAUACCAUUGCAAUUAUAGAGCUAUAUUUAACAAAAUUACUAAAAAAUCAGAUUAGUUCCGUUUCUUUCCGUUAUGGCGUCGAUGACAUUGUUGCGAAGCGCAGGGGUUUGUCCCUAUUUUUAAGGAAUUUCAAUUACCAAAGGGGGAAAAAAGGGAUAUUUUUGUAAUUUUCGACAAAUCUAGGAGAAUUCUAAUUAUACAGUUUUUUGGGGACUUAUAUUAAAAUUCAUUCACGAUCAAUAAAAUAUUUUUUUUAGUGGGGAUUGCACGCCGAUAACCAUUAAAAAUCCGUUGUACGGCCAAAAUUCAAACGAGUUUAUCUAUUUAUUAUUCACGAAAUACAACGUUACUUAUAAUUUAACUGCGAUUCGUAUAAGUCUUUUUAUAAUUACGCAACCAAUAUUACACUAUAGCCUUCCUGACCUCCAGGGAAAUGUAGGGAAUUUUUGGUCAAAAUCUAAGGAACAUUUGGAAUUUCAUCUGGCAACACUAUCGACGUCAACACUCCGUCUGCUCCCUCGGAAAAGACAGACGAUACCUGUGGUUGCACGUGAGAGGUGUUGCCGGAUAAGUUUUCUUUUAUUUACGAAUGGCCCAAAUUUCGAAUGCAUUUUUAACUGGCCGGUUAUAAUUACCGUAGGUAUUCUUACAAGAGCAGACGAGUCGCAUAUUUAUAAGACUCCAUAAUGAAUAAUAAUAUGAAGGUUUUGGACGGGGGGUUGGGAACGGAACUUUCGAAAUUGGGACAGACCAUCGAUGAUCAUCCUCUUUGGAGUGCUUACGUUCUCUUCCAGCACCCAGAUCAAAUUUUAAAUGUCCAUAAAAGCUACUUGAGAAGUGGUGCCGACGUCCUCACUUCUGCCAGCUACCAGGCCGACAUAGAAGGAUUUCAGAAAUAUCUGAAUUUGACGACGGACCGGGCCGAGGAACUUAUUAUGGAGAGCGUUGGAAUUUGUCGACAGGCAUCCGAAGAAGUGACGAAAGAGGAGAGUAUUUCUUCGAAAAACAGUCCAACUUUAGUUGCUGGUUCUGUGGGUCCUUAUGCUGUACAUUUUGCUGAUGGUUCAGAAUAUACAGGAAAUUAUAUUGACAAUAUUACUUGUGAGGAAUUAAUGGAAUGGCAUCGCCCAAGAUUUAAAUGCUUAAUAGAAGCAGAAUGUGACAUUCUGGCACUUGAAACCAUUCCUGCAGAAAAGGAAGGAAUUGCAUUAUUGAAAUUGCUGAAAGAAUUUCCUGGCACAAAAGCAUGGUUAAGUUUCUGUUGUCAGGAUCCACAUUUAACUGCUCAUAAGGAAGAAUUGUCAAAAGUGGUUGAAAAUUGCUUAAGAAUUGCACCUCCCGAUCAGCUGGUGGCCGUUGGAGUAAAUUGCUGUCCUCCGAGUUACGUGGAAUCCCUUCUGCAUAACAUUGGUCAUUUGCCACCAAAUGUGGUUAAAAUUGCUUAUCCAAAUAGUGGAGAAGAAUGGGAAAGCAAAAAAGGAUGGACAAAACAAGCCGAAGAAACACCACUUUCCAGUUACGUACCAAAAUGGAUGUCUUUGGGAGGAUGCUGGUUAGGUGGAUGUUGCAGAACGACUCCGGACGACAUUAAGGACGUAGCGAAAAUCGUACAUUCGUAUUAAAUAUAAAGCAAGAAUACACCAAUUUCGAAAUAAGUUAAAAGUUACGACAGGCGUGGAAUAGGUAGAGAAAAAUUAUUUUUGUUUUUUAUCGGUAAGUAAUUCGUUGUGAAGUUUACACACUUCCAAUUCGAAUAAGUCGUAGAGGAGGAU